GGCUGUUAGAGGGAUUUGAGAGCGGCGAUUGGCUCUCGCUGGCCGUCGCUCAAGCGCCCUUCCGGAGAUGGUCCGAGGUGGGAAGAGCUGGAGAGAGCCGGCAGUGGAGGGACGGGUGAGGGCCAUGCCGCCCCCGGCGAAAGUUCCCCGGAAGGAGAACCUGGGGCUCCAGUGCGAGUGGGGGUCCUGCUCCUUUGUGUGCUCAGCCAUGGAGGAGUUCUGCGAGCAUGUCACUCAGCACCUGCAGCAGCACCUGCACGGCUCCGGAGAGGAGGAAGAGGAGGAGGAGGACCCACUUGAGGAGGAAUUCUCCUGCUUGUGGCAGGAGUGUGGCUUUUGUUCUAUGGACAGUUCGGCUGACCUCAUCCGCCACGUUUACUUCCACUGCUACCACACCAAGCUGAAGCAGUGGGGGCUGCAGGCCCUGCAGAGCCAGGCCAACCUCAGCCCCUGCAUCCUGGACUUCCAGAGCCGCAACAUCAUCCCUGACAUCCCUGACCACUUCCUGUGUCUGUGGGAGCACUGUGAGAGUUCCUUCGACAAUCCCGAGUGGUUCUAUCGGCACGUGGAAGCGCACAGCCUGUGCUGUGAGUACCAGGCGGUCGGCAAGGACAACCAUGUGGUGCUGUGUGGCUGGAAAGGCUGUACCUGCACCUUCAAGGACUGCCGGAAGCUUCGAGAGCACCUCCGCAGCCAUACCCAGGAGAAGGUGGUGGCCUGCCCCACCUGUGGGGGCAUGUUUGCCAACAACACCAAGUUCUUAGAUCACAUCCGUCGCCAGACCUCUUUGGAUCAGCAGCGCUUCCAGUGCUCUCACUGCUCCAAGAGAUUUGCCACGGAGCGGCUCUUGCGGGACCAUAUGCGUAACCACGUGAAUCACUAUAAGUGCCCUCUGUGUGAUAUGACCUGUCCGCUGCCAUCCUCCCUCCGAAACCACAUGCGCUUUCGCCACAGCGAGGACCGGCCCUUCAAGUGUGACUGUUGUGACUACAGCUGCAAGAAUCUGAUUGACCUGCGGAAGCACCUGGAUACCCACAGCAAGGAGCCAGCCUACAGGUGUGAUUUUGAGAACUGCAGCUUCAGUGCGCGAUCCCUCUGCUCCAUCAAGUCCCAUUACCGAAAAGUGCAUGAAGGAGACUCAGAGCCAAGGUACAAGUGUCAUGUGUGUGACAAAUGCUUCACGAGGGGCAACAACCUCACUGUGCAUCUUCGUGAGAAGCACCAGUUCAAGUGGCCCUCAGGGCACCCCCGUUUUCGGUACAAGGAGCAUGAAGAUGGCUACAUGCGGCUGCAGCUUGUUCGCUACGAGAGUGUGGAGCUGACACAGCAGCUGCUCCGGCAGCCGCAAGAGGGAUCGGGCCUGGGAGCGUCGCUGAAUGAGAGCAGCCUUCAGGGCAUCAUUCUUGAAGCAGUGCCUGGGGAGCCAGGACCCCAGGAGGAGGCUGAAGAGGAGGGGGAGGGCGGGAGCAGCCAGGGGACAGGCCUCCCAGCCUCUCAGGACACUCCCAGCCCCGUCAUCCAUGUGGUGAAUCAGACCAACGCCCAAGGCGAGCAAGAGAUUGUCUACUAUGUGCUAUCGGAAGCCCCGGGAGAGCCCCCGCCAGCCCCUGAGCCCCCCUCAGGGGACAUCAUGGAAAAGUUUCAGGGAAUAGCGGAGGAGCCAGAAGGGAUGGUGUGA